GCCUCAGAAUGGAAUAUCCUCAGCUUUCUUGAAAGUUGUGAUUUGGAACCUUAUUCUAAGAAAAUAGAAGAAUACCUUAUAUGCCUUGAGAAGAUUGCAGAUACGGAUAAAGGUCAAAGACACAAAAGGGCUCGGAAAUUACUUGACAAUUACAAACAGGCAACAACAAUCAAUGGUGCAACUAAUAAUAUAAAUGGAAGCAUAAGUGGUGAAGCAUUCGAUGUAAAAUUUAUGCCAAAGAGAACUAACCAAGAAAAAGAUGAUGAUAAAGUCCAAAAAUGGACUAGGAUCAAUGACUAUUUCCAAAGGACUCCUGAACACCAAAAGACAAAAUUUGAUGAUCAUUAUUCCAUUCAUGAUCAUGAAGAAGUUAUUAUGGAAAACAUUGAUAAUGAAGAUGCUUACACAAAAAACAUCCAACUAUCUCAUGAGAAUGUGACAGAAGAAGUUCGUAGCAUUAUUGAAAAGAUACAACAUAUUGAAUGUCAUCUCUUUAAGUAUAGGGUUGUAAAUCUUUCAGUGCGAGAUGCCUCAGAUCCUGUUAAUAAGUUAACAGAAUCUGAAAAGAGCCUCUUAAAGAAGAUCUGGAAUUUGUUUGAGUCAUUAUGUGAAAUAAAGAAAAUCCGCCUAAAUAAAUGGAAAAAAGAUUUACAGCCUCUUUUAAAAAAGUAUCAAGCCCAUUUUGAAAACAAAUUGGCAUUUGAUACAAUUUCUUUGGAUGACGCCAUCAAGGAUAUUCUUGCAAACUUUCUUAUUGUGAAGAUUUUGUCAAUCCAAGGAGAAAUUGAAAACAAAUUAAGCAAAAAUCAACAAAACGAAACUCGGCAAUACAAACAAAGAAUCCAAAUUGGUUGUUAUCAAGAUGGAAUCUAUACAAUCAAUGUUAAUGCAAUUAUCUUUGAGAUUGGUUUCUUAGAAGUUGUUGGAAAAAGAACAUUUAUGAUCUAUGUUAUGCAUCAAAAUAUGGGAAUAUAUGUCAUUGAUAAAUUAACAGAAUUCAGUAUUCCGAAUUCAAAGGACCAAUUAUAUGUCCUUAGAGAGGUUAUUGAAAAAGUUUACAUGUUUAAAAGUCAACUUAUGGAAUAUUACCUUGCAGUGCAAAAGAUCACCCCUUCUGCCAACACUUUUACCACUACAAAGGACU